AUGCGUGACUUAGUAGUAUUAGCAGGAUCACUGCAUCCAAAUCUUACCCGUGCAAUUUGCAGAAACCUAACAAUCGCCCCAGUCGAAGUCAUAUCUCGUAAAUUCUCCAAUGGAGAAACCUCAAUAGAAAUCAAAGAUUCAGUUCGAGAAAAAGAUGUAUUCAUUAUUCAAUCUGGUUGUGGACAUGUUAAUGACAAUUUCAUUGAAUUAUUAAUCAUGAUUGCUGCAUGUAAGACCGCUAGUGCCAAAAGAGUAACAGCUGUCUUACCAUUGUUUCCAUAUUCUAGACAACCUGAUGUUCCUCAUUUAGCUAAUUUAACAGGAGCUCCAAAAGUAAGUACCAAAAAGGAUACUUAUACUUUUGAAAGUGCACCAGGCACACCGAGACCAUUAUCUGGAAGAGAAGAGAAGAAGUUUCAAUUAGGGAUGCCACAGGUGAAUACUGGUUCCAACACCCCCAAGAGUUCCAAUCCUGGUGUUAAGAGUCCAAUACCUAUUAAAUCGACAUAUACUGCCAAAUCUAUAAGUACCAACCCAGCAGCCAGUUUAAGCAAUAUGUUUAGUCAAGUAGAUGCACAAGGUCGUAACGAAAGUGGAUAUAAACAAUGGAUAUCACCCAAUGGUACUUUGAUUGCCAAUUUAUUGACUACCGCGGGUGCUGAUAGAAUGAUAACUAUGGAUUUACAUGAUCCUCAAUUCCAAGGAUUUUUUAAUAUCCCAGUUGAUAAUUUAUACCUGCGUCCAUUAUUACAACAUUAUAUUACUCAAUAUAUUCCAAAUUAUUUGGAAUGUGUUAUCGUUAGUCCUGAUAGUGGUGGUGCUAAGAGAGCAACUGCAGUUGCGGAUGCUAUUGGAUGUCCGUUUGCGUUGAUUCAUAAAGAGCGUCGUGCGAAAGUUGCUAAGAAUCCUCCUCUGACAAGUGCUGGAUCAGCAGGAGCAGCAGCAGCUGGUUCAGUAGCUGGUGGUGCAGCCGCAGCCAUGGGAAUUUCUCAAUCACUUGGUACGACUACAAUGGUAGCGACUACUAUGUUAGUUGGAGAUGUUAAAGAUAAAGCUUGUAUUCUUAUUGAUGAUUUAGUGGAUACAUCAUAUACGAUAACUAGAGCUGCCAAAUUAUUAAAAGAUCAAGGUGCAAAAUAUGUUUAUGCUUUAGUUACUCAUGGUAUUUUCAGUGGUGAUGCUGUUAAUCGUAUCAAUAAGAGUGCAAUUGAUAAAGUCAUCACUACCAAUUCCGUACCUCAAAGUGAUACAGCUGAUGUGUUUGGUGAAGAUAAAUUUGAAGUGUUGGAUGUGAGUAGAAUCUUUGCUGAAGCUAUUAGAAGAAUUAAUAAUGGCGAGAGUGUAAGUAUGUUGUUUGAUCAUGGAUGGUAG